AUGAUCUUCGAACCUCGGCUGACACUCGAAGGAUACCGUAUCCAGAGCAAAAUGGGCGAAUACACAGCGACGGUACAAAUUUGGGACGACUACUUCACACCAAUGGUCGAUCAGUUCAAUAGAGUGACCAUGCCACCCCCAAUACCAGAAACGCAACAAUUCGAAGUACCUGAUGAGGGUUCCACAAAGUUUGUGACGAUGAUGUGCAUUGAAUAUGCCGAAGAUUUUGACUAUGAGAAUGUAUGGAUAGAAUAUAUGACAUAUUUCCCUGAUGGAGUUAUCUGCACUUCAAACAAUACUGAAGGACAAACUUCAUCCUGUUCAAUGGACGAGGACGGUCGAUUUCAUUUUGCCUUCACCAUCGAAUUCGACUUUACCGCAGCCGACAUCUCCUCGUUUCAUGUCCGGUUUCGGAUCAGGUCCGAAGAUUUUUGGGGCCGUCAGUAUCUGGCUGGUUACGGCAGUCUCACACCGCUUCUUCAACCAGGAAGAACGGACUAUCGCGUCGAAUGCUGGAGACCGAUCAAGGCGGACGAUCCAAUCAGUGAACUGCGUGAAUUCUUCAUUGGUCAAGCGAUCGAUAUUGAUUUCUUCAAUCUUAAAGAGGACGGAGUGAUAUCAAGAUCCGGAUUGAGUACCCAGUCGUCGGGAACUCUGCAUGUGUCGGUGACCAAUGUGUGCUACAAAGGGCGAGACUACAUCGCCAAGGAAACAUUGAAAUCACAUGAAAUACGGCGCAAUGUUCGAUCGUAUGGGACAUUCACGAGAGCUCGCUCCUCUGGAGUAUGCGAACCGUUUCCACUUUCAUUACGCAUUAACGCUGGCUGGAAUUUUCCUAGAGUGCCCAUAAUAAUACUGGCAGCUGCUGUAGCCCGAAAGUUCAAACGAAUACGUUCAGUAAAGGACGGCUACCGGAAUGCGUAUACCGUACAAAUUUGGCAUAAACGCUUCAAGGAUAGAGAGACGGACAUGGAAGACCAACCUCAUAGUGGACGUCCUUCAGAGCUCGAAGACUCGGCAUUGCUCGCUGACACUAAAGGAAGAGCCAUAUACCACCGUAUGAGUUUAGCAACGCAAGGUUCGGGCGCAGCGGCAUACGACGCUUAA